AGUGCUGCUGCGGAAGCGCGGUGAGGCCGGCGGCGGCGCAGGAGGAAGCCGGCUGAGGAGGCUGGUGGAAGCUGCAGGGCCUGUCGGGCCUGUGGGGCCGCGGAGGAGGCCAUGGGCCGCCUGCACUGCACGCAGGACCCGGUGCCCGAGGCCGUGGGCGGCGACAUGCAGCAGCUAAAUCAGCUGGACGCGCAGCAGUUCUCAGCCCUGACAGAAGUGCUUUUCCACUUCUUAACUGAGCCCAAAGAGGUGGAAAGGUUUCUGGCUCAGCUCUCUGAAUUUGCCACCACCAAUCAGAUCAGUCUCGGACCCCUCAGAAGCAUCGUGAAAAGCCUCCUUCUGGUUCCAAAUGGUGCUUUGAAGAAGAGUCUCACAGCCGAGCAGGUCCGGGCUGAUUUCAUAACUCUGGGUCUUAGUGAGGACAAAGCCACUUAUUUUUCUGAAAAGUGGAAGCAGAAUUGCCAUACCCUUGCUCGAUGGGCCAUAGGUCAGACUCUGAUGAUUAACCAGCUUAUAGAUAUGGAGUGGAAAUUUGGAGUGACAUCUGGGAGCAGCGAAUUGGAGAAAGUGGGAAGUAUUUUUUUACAAUUAAAGUUGGUUGUUAAAAAAGGAAACCAAACUGAAAAUUUGUAUAUAGAUGGAGCCUACUGUAUACUCCCCAUUUUGCUCUUUGCUUUUUUCCACUUAACUUGGAAAUCAUUCUAUGUCGGAACAUGUGUAGCUGUCUCAUUCUUUGUAACAAACACACCAUGUUUCCUCAAAGGGAUGAUUUAACCAGUUUCCUGCUGAUGGAUGUUCAGGUUGUUUUCCUUCUUUUUCUCUAAUGAGACUACAACGAAAUAGUCUUCUAUGUAUGUCAUUUUGCACGUGUGGAAGUAUAUUUAUAAGGUAAAUAUAUGGAAGUGGAAUUGCUGGGUCAAAGAGUAUGUGCAUUUAUCCAAGAAAUAGGAGGAAUAAAGCAAAAAGGUCCCUUCAACCUGUCCCCUAUUUACUCAUUCCCCCUACUGCUCCCCUCCAAUACAUAACCCCUGUAUUAAUUUCUUAGGUAUCCUUACAGAGGGUGGGUUUUUUUUCACACAUAAGCAAUAUGAAUAUGUGUUUUUACUCCUUUCUUAUUUUUUGCACAAAUGACCGUAUACUGUAUAAAUGGUUCUUAUCUUGGGGAUCUUUCCAUAUCAGUACAUAAAAAGUCUGCAUUCCUUUCUUUGGCUGCAGAGUAUUCUGAUGUGUGGAUAGACCAUAACCAGCAUUUGUAAUUUUGAUAAAUGGUGCCACUGUGACCUCCUCAGAGAUCCUUUCUGUUUAUGCUUCCACUAGCAAGAUUACUGUCCACCAUUCCCCCAAAAGAUCAAAGUGGUGCCUUUGGACAGAGCGUCCAGAUGUGUGCAUGAGGUUUCUGAGAGCCUCAGGUGCCUGAGAACAUGAGACUGUAAUGUAAAAAGAAUUCACAGAACAGAAGGGCACCUAAAACACAAACUAGUUAAAUCCAUUCAGAUUAUAGAUGGAGGAAACUGAGGCCUGAAGACCAAAAACUGUGGUCGUUGACCAGUGGUCAGACAAUACUGUCCUGUGAUCCCUGGGAUCCUGUUUAAUUCAGAAAUGGGAUCCUGAGAGACCUGAAGGGCCUUCAGCCCGGCAGACCAUCCAGCACUGGUGCCACUGGGGUGCUCUGAGAGUUAUACCCUGAGAGCUGGGCACUGCACAGAUCCUGACCUAGAAGCUUCUUGUGCUCUCCAAUUCAGACUCUCCUGCAGUGGCUUUCUGAUGUCUCUAUCCCAGUCUUCAGCCUCGUCCCUCUGCAGUCUGUUUCCUGAGUGAAAAUUCUUAUGUGCAAAGCUCAUGGCUCUAUCCAGAGUAAAGUCCAAAUUCCUUGUAUACCAAGUCCUCAACCAUCUGGCCCUGCCUACUUCUUCCAGGGCUCCAUCUCCUCUGCCUCCCAGCAGGCCCCCUGUGCUAGAGCAGCUAGUCCACCAGGCUGCUUACAGCCAUCAAGCCAUGAGGCCCUCUGCCUCUUCUCCCCUUGGACCUCCACUGCUUCCCCAUACUUCAAUAAGAAGCACCUAGGGCACUUCUGAGAGCCUUCCCUAACAGUUCUGGGCCAUAUUAAAUACCCCCUGGGCCUAUAUAGGGCCCCCUGCAGACCUCUUCCGUAGGGGUCAGAAGUGCAGGCUCUGGAAUCAGACUGCUGGGAUUCUAGUCCUGGUCCCUCUGCUUACCAGCUCUGUGACCUCAGGCAAGCUCUUUAACCCUGCAGAAGAUUUGUUCUCACUUAUAUGUUAUUGUGCGGGUCACUUAGCACAAUGCUUGAGCUAUUAAUUAUCACAUUAUUAUAAUUAUUUGUUUCCAGGAUUCUCUUCCCCACUAACCUGUGAGCUUCUUGAUAAUAAAAACUUGUUUUUCAGGUCAGUAGCCUAACCCUUAGCAUCAGUCAGUUCCAUUCUUCCACCACCCCCACCUUGUAACAGGUCCUGUCGUUUAUCGAAAUGAAACCUGGCUGGUGAAAAGCCUCUAUGGCAGGACUUGUUAGGAAACCUAGCUGACUUUAGAAGAAUGAUUCCUGGGAAGUUGUUGUGGCGGUUGGUCAGUUUUCGCAUAGAUCACUCAAACCCAAUUGGUCUGUGGUGUUAUGUGGCCAGGCUGGGCAUCCGUCUUCCUGGGGCCAUCUUCCAAGAGUAGCUCCUUGAUUGCACAGACCUUCUUGGAGCACCUCCCAGGGGCAGGAGCUUUGUGGGGACCUGGGGGAGGGGUGACCGUUUCUAUGCAAGAGUAGAUUACAGCCUCACUCCCAUUUGCCAUAAUGUAGAUCCUAUUGUAAACUCCAGGAACUAUACCAGUCCCUUUGGUAUACUGGAAUUUUGUCAACAAAUGAAAUCUAUUGAAUAAGAGCCAUUGAUCUGGGCCUGUAGACUGGUAGGCAGGGAUUUUGCUGCAGUGCUUUGGAAUUGGAGCAGGAUCUUUCUUAUUUUUUACUAUUAGCAUUUCAUCUUUGCGUUGAUUCACUGUUGUUCCUAUUCUCUUUAGAAAGCUGCUUUCCAUUGGCUGCAGAUUACUCUUAUUUUAUAUUUUAUUUAUAUUUGAAGAAAAAUGCUCGUUAAGAUGGUUAAGGCCAGGCCAAGAGAUGACCAGAAAUACCAAUAUUCUUUGCCUUUGGGAAAAAGGAUUCUCAUGGUUGGGGGACAAAAGAAGUGAUAGGAAGGAUGAGGGCAGUUCACUGUCCAGUUCUAGAACUGUUGUUUCUUUUUAUUUUGGUGAUGUUAAAACAAACAAACAAACAAACAAACAAAAAACAAACUAGUGAUGACAGGGAAAAUCCCCAAACAGCCCAAGUGGGAGCUCCCAAGCAAGACCAGCUGCUUCACACACGGGCAUUUGCUAGGGCAUAGAAGUGGCCUUUCCAAAGGCAGACAACCCAACAACAAAUAUUCCCGAAAGAUAUUUAGUCUUUCCUGGAUUGUCUUUUAUUUUAUGUUUGUCAUAUUUCACAAAGAUAUUUCAGAAUGUCUUUGAAAAAUAUUACAGAUAAUGUCUGAUGAUACCUUAUAUUUGGACUGCCCCAUUGUUUUUUUGAGGUGGAAUCAAGUUUAUUAAGGCAAAUUUUACAUACAGUAAAAUCCACCCUUUUUAAUUGUACAGUUUAAUAAGUUUUGACAAAUUUAUAGUCAUGUGACUACCACCACAAUCAAGAUAAUAUUUCCAUCACCUCAGAAAGUUCCCUCAUGUGUCUUUAUAGUAAGUCCCUUCCCCUCACCCCUAGUCCUGGCAACCACUGACCUGAUUUCUGUCUCUAUAGUUUACCCUUUUCCAGAAUGUCAAAUAAAUGGAAUCAUUCAGUGUA